AAUAGUCACGAAGACUCUCGAGGAGACGUAACUCCCGAGUCCGGCAAAUCCGGUAAGGAUUCUUCCAUCCCGCUCGGCGAAGAAGAAGCAUGUGGAAAAGGAGCUGGAAACGCUUCUGCUCCCGAUCAACCUGUCUUUGAUCUCCCCCUGACUCCAGUUCAAGCUCUUAUGUCAAUCAAAUCACCUCACCUCAGGGUCCACAGACGCCGAACGUAGUCACCUUUCCGAUAAUUUGAUGGACAGUAGUCAUGAAGACUCUCGAGGAGCCGUAGCCCCCGAGUACUGCAACUCCCGUAAGGAUUCUUCCAUCCCGCUCGGUGAAGAAAAAGCAUGUGGGAAAGGAGCUGGAAACGUUUCUGCUCCCAACCAACCGGUGUUUGAUUUCCCCCGACUGCAAGACAAGCUCUAAUGUCUGAGAUAUUGGUCCACGAUGCAGCUCAAACACACAAGGUUUUCCAAAGCACCGUUUUUGAUUGCUCCGUGUGUUUUCUGAGCUACCUGGGUUCCGAGUGUGUACGGAUACAAGACUGUGGCCAUGUCUUCUGCCAGGCCUGUCUGGCUGAGUUUCCCCCGCACCUGACCAAGUGGAGAGUCUGGUGGGGGAGGAACUGUUUAGCCGCUAUGACCGACUUCUUCUGCAGUCGACUCUGGACCGUAUGGCAGGGAGGAGGUUUUGCAAGGUGUUUCCAGUCAUGUCCACUGCAGGUAUGGAUCUGGAGGAGCAAGAAAACGAGCUACUUGCUAUUCACAGCAUUCUGAGUUCAGAGGAGUUUGUCCGGCACGGACUUAGGGCUGCCGGGGAAAUAAGAGUGUUGACUGAACCACCCUCUGGCUUCCUGGUGGCACUCGGAGAAGGUGACACCCGGACGCAGCACGAGAUAUCAUUCCUUCCAGCGAUACAUCUGGACUUUGAGUUCCCGGAGGAUUAUCCCUCCUCAUCCCCGCCCUCCUUUACUCUCUGCUGUGUCUGGCUGACACACAACCAGCUUGCUUCUUUGGGGUCUCAGCUCUUUGAUCUCUAUCGAGCCACCGGAGGUGAGGUGGUGCUCUUCUCCUGGGUGCAGUUUCUAAGGGAGGAUGCUCUCGGAUUCCUCAACAUCCGGUCUCUGCUGGAACUCCCCAAUGAACGCAGCAGCCCGUACCAAAGCAAGGACACAAUUUCCGCCUCCAUCCCGGAAACCAAUCAAAUCCGCCUCACCUCAGGGUCCAAAGACGCCGAACCUUGUCAACACCCAGAUAAUCUGAUGGAUAAUAGUCACGAAGACUCUCGAGGAGACGUAGCUCCCGAGUCCGGCAAAUCCCGUAAGGAUUCUCCCAUCCCGCUCGGCGAAGAAGAAGCAUGUAGAAAAGGAGCUAGAAACGCUUCUGCUCCUGAUCAACCUGUCUUUGAUCUCCCCCUGACUCCAGUUCAAGCUCUAGUGUCUGAGAUAUUGGUCCACGAUGCAGCUCAAACACACAAGGUUUUCCAAAGCACCGUUUUUGAUUGCUCCGUGUGUUUUCUGAGCUACCUGGGUUCCGAGUGUGUGCGGAUACAAGACUGUGGCCAUGUCUUCUGCCAGGACUGUCUGGCUGAGUUCUGUAAGCUCCGGAUAACAGAAGGGAACGUCCUUGGCGUCACCUGCGCUCAGGCAGGCUGCUCAGCUUUGCCCACACCAGACCAGGUGGAGAGUCUGGUGGGGGAGGAACUGUUUAGCCGCUAUGACCGACUUCUUCUGCAGUCUACUCUGGACCGUAUGGCAGAUGUGAGUUACUGUCCACGGACCACCUGUGGAUCGCCGGUCAUUCUAGAAGAAGCCAGCAGGGUGGCGCUCUGCUCGGUCUGUGGCUUUGCCUUCUGUGUUACCUGCAAGAAGACUUACCACGGGAGAGACGACUGCAGGGUGAGGGGGAAGCCUCAAACAGAGGAACCACAGCAAGACCAUGCAGAACUCCCCCAGUCAGUUGCGGGUAUGACGGCGCUCUGGGAUGACUAUGCCAGUGGUAGCAAAGGAAGGCAGCGCCAGCUGGAGAGCAGGUACGGUCGGAAAAUUCUACUCGGCACUCUGGAGGACUUCCUCUCCGAGGACUGGAUUGCGUUCAACAGCAAAAAGUGUCCGUACUGCUUCUGCACCAUACAGAAAGACAAAGGCUGCAAUGUGAUGACGUGCACGAGGUGCCGGCGGUUGUUCUGCUGGGCCUGCUUGGGCAAGCUUUCGUAUCAAAAUAAUCAAAAUAUUGGCAAACACUUUGAGCAGGGCGCAUGUACGCUGUACCAGUACGCCUGACCCACGGUCUCAGAAAGGACACAAGUAAGCCACAACCAGUCUUGGGACUAACGCGUUACAAAGUAAGCCUGGACAAUCAGCACACCUGCAUGUAAGGAAGGAGCUGCCUUCUUAAGCCUGGACAACCUGCCAUCGCUGGCCGGAGUAUAGUCUUCUGUCACGUACCGUAAGCCGGGUCCUGCUGGAAUCUUGCUCUCUCUGUCUGUUUCAUUGUCGUGUCAACCUACCGCAGACCUCCGUUCCCGUGUUUGACGUUGUUGUGUGUGUCGUCGUUCCCCAGCUUCUCGGAUUGCCCCUUGGAUCUUGACCUCCCGCUUGGACGCGUUCUUCUCGACACCUCUCGCUCGCCCUGGAUCAUCUGACUGCCCCUCGGACUUCCGUGUUCUUUCGCUCUCACCAAUAUUUACGGUA